AGACCUCAUGCACGGAAUACCCGUCUCUGCAGAGAUGCCGGAGACGUGAAACACUACCAGGCCGGGUCCUGUGGCUCGAAUGCUCAUGACAAGACGCCGCCUCCUUUCCAUUGCGUUCUUCAGCAUCGUCUUGAUCCCUAUCGCGGCCAUCGUGUACCGCCACCUCACGACCACUACAGCAUCCUUUCUUAAAACCACUGUCCUCCAAAUGGCAAGCACGCAUCCGCCCCCCGUCAUUGUGGUUGGUGCCGGCCUCGCUGGGCUUUCGGCGGCCUACUCGGCACUCCAGGCGGGGGCCCCCUCUGUCCGGCUUCUCGAACGAGCCGCCAAGCCGGGAGGCAACAGCAUCAAGGCUUCGUCCGGAAUCAACGGGGCCCCGACGAGGUUCCAAGACGUAGCCAAGCAUGGCGUCGACCAGAGCUUCUGUGAAGAUACGGUCAAGUCAGCCGGGUCUCGACUCCACGCCUCCGUGGCGGAAUCCGUGAGAAAGCAGCGGCAGGACCUCAUCUCGGUCUUGACCAGCCGCUCGGCCUCCGCCAUCGACUUCCUCGUAGACCUCGGCGUCGACCUCAGCGUCGUGGCGCAGCUCGGCGGACACAGCAAGCCUCGCACGCACCGGGGGGCCGGAAAAACGCCGCCCGGCGCCUCCAUCGUGACCACGCUACUUGCCAAGCUGAAAGAACACGAGGGCCGCUUCGAACUCGUCACCGAAGCCGAAGUCACCAAGCUGCUGCUCACGGCCAACAACCAAGUGACCGGCGUCGAGUACCGCAAAGACGGCGCCAGCCACUCCCUCGCGGGCCCCGUCGUCUUCGCCACAGGCGGCUUCGGCGGCGACACGCACGGCCUGCUGGCCCGGUACCGCCCGGACCUCGACGGCCUGCCGUCGACCAACGACCCGCGGCCCGGCGCGCACGACCUGCUCGCCGCCGGCGCCGGCGCCGCCCUCGUCGACAUGGAGAGCGUGCAGGUGCACCCGACCGGCUUCGUCGACCCGGCCGCGCCGCGGGCGCCGCUCAAGUUCCUCGCCGCCGAGGUGCUCCGCGGCGAAGGGGGCAUCCUCCUGCACCGCGGCCGGCGGAUCGUCAACGAGCUGGCCACGCGGGACAAGAUCAGCGGUGUUAUCAUGGACUUGCCCCUGCCCGAUGCGGAGGGAGAGGGCGAGGACGGCGCGGGUGGGCUGCGCCAGUGGGAUGUGCAGCUGUUGCUGGACCCCGGGACCGCCGAGGCUGCGGCGGGGCAUGUCGGGUUCUAUCUGUGGAAGGGGCUGCUGCAGAAGAAGAAGGUAGCCGAUCUGGACGAGGCUACGAGGGAGACGCUGCGGGAGUAUGCUGCGGUUGUGCGCGGGGAGAAGCCGGAUGAGUUCGGGCGGACUGCGUUUGGGCACUGGACACUGGGCGCUGAUGGCUCGGGGAUUGCCGAAGAUGCUGAGGUAUGCGUCGGCCGCGUAACGCCCAUUGUGCACUUUACCAUGGGCGGUGUCGUCUUCAACGAGCAGGCGCAGGUGCUCUCAUCGGCACUGGGCGAGGCGCAGAAGCCGAUUCAGGGGCUCUGGGCGGCUGGCGAGAUUACGGGAGGAAUCCACGGGGACAACCGGUUGGGCGGGUCGUCGCUGCUGGAGUGUGUCGUGUUCGGGCGCAUUGCCGGAGAGCAAGCUGCGCAGUCGGUAUUGAAGGCAGAGGCCUGAAUCCCUAUGAAAUCCCGCUGAACUGUCGGCAUGCUGAGCUCCAUGCAGAUGAGGCCGGCGGGUUGGAGAGCACUAGCAUCUCUUGCGGCUUAGAUUCGCAAGUUUCUGUCGCUACAAGCCUGGAGACCUGGUGGUGCGAACCUGGAGAAAACAAUGAGAUGCAACCAAGGAAAUUGGCACACCUCAACGUCCAGACAACUAACUCUAGGCGAUUACAAGAUGCUGGCUGAGUUUCCAACAGCAAACUGCAGAGGAGCAGCAAGACAAAAAGAUCCAACGCCAGCUGGUGGCAGUAGGAAAAAUUUUGUGACAAGAGUGGGAUUCGAACCCACGCCCUCUCGGACCACGGAAUCUUCAGCGAAGAUUGGGAUUAAGGGUGAACCUUAACGUGGCGCCUUAGACCGCUCGGCCAUCUUGC